UCAAAUGAGAAAAAAAUGAAAUUCAAUAGAAAAAAUUCCACAACAGCAUCAUCAACGACAACAAUAUCGUAUCGAUCAUAUGGUAUGUAGUGUGGUAACUAAUCAAACGCGAGUGAGAGAAGAUAAAAAUAAUAAAUAAAAAUAUUUAAUCGGCUAGCCAUCGGUACAAGAACAAACAAAAACGAAUAACGAACAAACGCCACAGUGACAACAACAAUCUUGAUGUUCAAUCUACAGACGUUCGGUUAUCAUCAUCAUCAUCAUCAUUAUUAUUGCCAUUGUUGUAUACGUUUACGGUUGCGUAGGCCGAUCAACGAAACAUAACGCUACUUCAAAUGGUUAACCUUGCAGGCAAUAGCUUUACAAAAGCAUUUUUGCACCAAACGAUCGGAUACCUUUUGAUAAUGGUUACGACCGUUGUGUUCCAGCCAAUCUAUUAUCAUUCAAAAUUAGUUCGUGCCAAAGAUUUCAGCAAUGCCGAAAGAGAUGCGGCAUUGUCUGCCGCCUUCAAAUCAUCAUCAUCAUCCACAUCAUUAUCAUUAUCAUCAUCAGCUACCUCAACGGUGAUUGGUGGUGGCCAUAGAGGUACAUUGGACAAUAGUCUUGGACCGGUGAUAUUACCACCUCCACCACCACUACCACAAUUACCAUCAUCAUUAACAUCAAUACCAUCCAUUAUAUCGGGCCAAAAUGUAUUAGACAAUAAUAAUGACACACCAGAUUCAUUUCUAUUAUCGUCGAUUGGUCAUCAAUCCAAAUCAUCCAUAAAACAGAUUGAAAAAAGAGAACCAACGAAAAAUGGAUCGAAAAAACUGACGAAAAAGCCUAAAUCUUCACAACAACAACAACGAUCAUUUUCAGCUUAUAUACAAGCGGAUUUAUCACCAUUAGAAUUGGAUGAUACAAUAUUCGAUGCAGUUGGUGGUGGUAGUGGUGAUCCACGCUUUGAUGCAAUGAUUUCAAUCGAUCCAAAUGAUCCAUGCUACAAUUUUACCGUUGGAAAUUUAAAAUAUCAAGAAUUUUUCUCACCAAAUUAUCCAAAUAAUUAUCCAAAUGAUACUGAAUGUGAACGAGUGAUUCAAGCACCACAUGGAUAUCAAAUCAGUAUAGAAUUUAGGGAUCAAUUUUCUCUUGAAGAUUCACCAAAUUGUGCAUAUGAUUAUCUUGAAAUACGUGAUGGUCCAUAUGGUUAUUCAGCACCGUUGGCAAAAUUAUGUGGCCCAGAUUUUCCACGAGAUAUCAUCUCCAAUGAUCGUUACCUCUUUUUACGUUUUGUGUCCGAUGAUAGUAUUGAAUAUCAAGGAUUUAGAGCUGUUUAUUCCUUUAUCAAAAUGACAAAUGAAAGACCAGAACCGCCAGAUGAUUGUCGUUUUAAUAAAACAGGUGUUAGCGGGACCAUCGAGAAUCGUGAUAUACCACUUGAGCUAACAAAUUAUUCGGUAACCCAGAAUGUUCCAAUUGAUUGUAUGUGGAAUAUAACUGUUGCAGCCGGUUAUAAAAUGUAUCUGAAUUUCAAAGAAUAUAAAUUAACAAGCCCAAAUAAUUGUGAAGCCAAUUAUAUUGAUAUUUAUGGUGAAAAAUUGAGCGAUCUAGCACGUAAACAACGAUUUUGUGGUACACAAGCCGAACCCGUACGAUCGGAUGAUAAUCAUAUGAAUAUACGUUUUUUCGCUAAACCGGACGCAUUGAGUAAUGUACAAUUUGAGAUUACGUUCACGGCAUUUCGUGAAUUAUCGAAUAAAGCAGAAACAUGCCGUCCUGAUGAAUUUGAUUGUGAAGAUUCCACAUGUAUCGAUAUUGGUCUGAAAUGUGAUGGUGUCGAUAAUUGUAAAUACCGUUAUGAUGAAGAUAAACAAACUACCUGUGCACCAGGAAACAAGGGCGUAUUGAAUCUCAAUUCCCAACAUAUGGUUGUCAUAUUGAUCGUAUUCUGUGCACUUGUAUUCGGAAUGUGUGCUUCCAUUGCCAUUUCGUGUUGGAGUAAAAUUGAGGAACGUUCACAACGUAAACGUGAAUAUAAAUUAAGACGUUCACGUGAAGCAUCAAUGGAAGUUGGACUAGACCGUACAAUGACCAUUACAUCAUUGGAUCGCUCAUGUCCAUUGGAACAUGGUGAACAAACAUCAUCAUCAUCCGGUUCAAGAUGUCGUAAGAUUGUAACGGCAAAUGCUAUACGACAAAAACCAGAUGUUGGCAGCGGUGGUGGUGGUGGUGGCGGCGGUGGUGAUGAUGAUGAUGAUGGACCCACAAUGGGUUAUUAUGAUUCCGAAGAGAAUGGUUGUUAUGUGCCAGAUUUAGAUAUUGCACCGAUGCAUCAUCAUUCAUCAACAUCUCAUCAUCAUCUAGUGUAUCCAUCAUCCACCGAAAGGCGACCUAAACAGAUGCAAACUGUACAGCCAAACGGUGGUACUAUUUGUACAGCUCAUCAUUUGGAUCCUGCCGAUAAAUAUUCACCCGAUACGCCCACACCACCACAAAUGAUGAUUGGUUCACCAAAUACAAGAGGUCAUGUUGGUGGUGGUGGUGGCACACAAUCACCAUUAGUUGGUGGUGAUCACUAUUAUCAUCAACAACAACAACAACAACAACAGAAUAUAGAGCGUGAUUCAAUACGAUCAUCGUCUGAUUGUUCAAUACCACCACCGCCUCCACCACCAUCGUUAAGUCAUUUUCGUAAUCGUCUUCAACAACAGCCACAACAAUAUCGAACACUACCUCUUGAUCCAAGUAAAUUGACAGAUGCAUCAUUGUUAAUCAUGAGCGACAAUCAUCAUCAAGCUGUACAAUUUAGACAUCCACAACAUACCACUCGUAUGAUAGCGACUGGUGCAGGUCAACCAUCAUCCAUGAUGAUACAUCCACAACAUCAUCCUGAUUGUGCUCAACAUCAGCUCAAUAAGAUGCAACAAGCAUCCAUUGAACAUCAAUCACAAUAUAAUCCUAAUUCAUUACGUAGAGCAACAAAUUAUUAUACGAACCAGCCUACAACCGGUAAUUGUGGUGGUGGUGUUCGACAACAACCUACAUCCGGCAAUAGUAAUCCAGGCAGUCAAAGGCCUUCACCGAUGCCUAUAGGAAGUAGUGGUGAUACAAAUGAACUGCUCAAUGAUGUAAUCGAUGUCGAUGGUUGUAUUGACGAAGGUGAUGUUGAAUCUGGCGUGGGCCAUUCAGAACAACGUUCAGCAAUGGAGCUUAAUGAUGAUGUUAUCGAUGAUGAUGUAUUAACCGAAAAUGAUAUCUAUCCACCAUCAAAUGGACUAGCAUCAACCAGUGGUAGACAUCAACCAUCUACACAUUAUCUAUUACGCGGCCAAUCAACAUUGGAAGAAGAAGAUGAUUCUUCAGUGCCUUUAAAUUCAACCAAUUCAAAUACUGGCUAUGGUAGUAGUGGACAACAGACUAUAAUGCCACCAAACAUUGGUCAACAAGUUUAUUAUCGCAGUGAAGCUGUUAUUGAAAUGGCACCAAGACCAGAUACGAAUCGUCAAGAUGUAGCACUUAUUCGUUGAAAUGAAUUGAAAUUAUUUGUAUUUAUUCAAUCAAAAUCUACCAUUCAAGCCAUUCAAUACCGAUAAUAACGAGUGAUAUUCACUCACAACAAACCAAAAGAAAACGAAAUAUACAAACAACAAUCACACAAUGUAAUCGACAACUUAUACAUACACACAUAUACAUACAUACAUACAUACAUAUAUAUAUAUAUUCUCUAAUUCGUCAAUAGAUUGUCGUCACAUUGGUCAAUUGUUUUUGAUGUUGUUUUUCAUUUUUUGCGCUGCCAUUCACAUUCAUCUCUCUCUCUCUCUCUCUGU